AUGUCUUCACUCAUAUUUAUCAAAGCUCAAGAAUUGUUAAUCGAUAUUUAUGAACGACUCGAUGAUCUUGGUGCUGAUAAGGCCGAGGCUCGAGCUGGAAGAAUUCUGCAUGGUUUAGGAUUUACAAAGAAAAUGCAACAAAAAAAAUGCAAAGAUUUUUCCGGUGGUUGGAGGAUGCGCAUUGCUCUUGCCCGAGCCCUUUUCGUUAGUCCACAUCUAUUACUACUCGACGAACCGACAAAUCAUCUCGACCUCGAUGCUUGUGUCUGGCUCGAGGAAGAACUUCGAAAUUAUAAACGCAUAUUAAUCAUGGUGUCGCAUUCACAAGAUUUUCUUAACGGUGUUUGCACAAAUAUCGUGCAUUUAACUAAAAAGAAACUUUUCAUUUACGGUGGUAACUAUGAUGCGUAUGUUCAAACACGGAUGGAAUUAGAAACAAAUCAAAUGAAAAGAUAUCAAUGGGAACAAGAACAAGUAGCGAAGACAAAAGGUUUUAUUGCCCGGUUCGGUAGUGGUAGUCGAGCUUCUCAAGCCCAAAGUCGUGAGAAAACAUUAGCUAAAAUGAUGGAAAGUGGUUUAACGGAAAAAGUCGUUCAAGAAAAAACUCUCUCAUUGGCAUUUCCUGAUCCUGGAAAGAUUCCGCCACCAUGUCUAAUGGUGCAAGGUGUUGCGUUUCGCUAUUCGGAUAAUACUGAUUGGAUUUAUACAAAUCUUGAUUUCGGUAUUGAUCUUGACACACGUGUUGCAUUAGUCGGUCCAAAUGGUGCUGGAAAAUCCACUUUAUUAAAAUUAAUUGACAAUCAAUUAUUGCCAACAAAGGGACAAAUCCGUCGUAAUGCUCAUUUACCAUUGGAUUAUAUGAUGAAAUGUUUUCCUGAUGUGACAGAAAAAGAAGAAAUGAGAAGAAUUAUCGGUCGAUUUGGUCUAACCGGUCGACAGCAGAUAUGCCCUAUGAGAAAUCUAUCGGAUGGACAACGAUGUCGAGUGAGUUUUGCUUGGUUAGCUUGGCAAUGUCCACACUUAUUGUUACUGGACGAACCGACAAAUCAUCUUGACAUCGAAACAAUCGAUGCAUUAGCUGACGCCAUACGGAACUUUGCUGGUGGAAUGGUUCUUGUUAGUCACGACUUUCGUUUGAUUCGACAAGUUGCCGAUAAAAUUUGGGUUUGCGAAAAUCAAGAAGUUAAGGAAUGGCCCGGUGAUAUUCUCAGUUACAAAGAACAUUUACGACAGAAAAUGCAAGCAGACUUUGCUCCAGCAAAGAAAUAA